CCAUGUGCCAAUAUGCAGCAAAAUUUAGAUAGAUUGUUUGAAAUUUGAUUUCAUGGGAUAUCUAAUGCAGAACUUGGAAGGAAAAGAUAUGGAGAGGAAACCAAGUUCAUCUUCCACAAAGAUAGAGAGGAAAAUCAUUGAGAAGAAUAGAAGGAAUCAUAUGAAGAACCUCUAUAAUAAUCUCACCUCUCUUCUCCCUAAUCAAAGCUCCAAGGAAUUACUGCCACUGCCGGAUCAGAUAGAUGAAGCUAUAAACUACAUAAAGAGUUUACAGGGAAAGUUGCAGGACUGCAAAAUGAAGAAGGAAAGUUUAAUGGGGAGAAAAAGAUCACACGCCUGCAUAAAUAGUCCUGCAACUUUGGCAGCAAGUUCAAAAGCACCUGAAAUUCGGAUUCAUGAGAUGGGUUCUACUUUAGAGGUAGUUUUGACAACUGGUGUAGAUAAUCAAUUCAUAUUUUAUGAGGUUAUUCGCAUUCUUCAAGAAGAUGGUGCUGAGGUUGUAAAUGCCAAUUGUUCAACAGUCGGAAAUAUGAUUUUCCAAGUAAUUCACGCAGAGAUGGGAGAUAGAAUGUUCAGUUUUGGAGCAGCAAAAAUAACUGAGAGAUUAAAGCAGUUUGUGCUUGGAUCCACAAGUGAAGCAGAGUUAUAUUCUCCAGAAUUAUGGGACUUCGAGAUCGACCCAGAUUGUUGGGAUCUCUGAGUCCUGCUUUUAAUAUGUAUUGAGAUGCAAAUCCAGAUAGAAGUAUCAAUAGUUCAACACAAUCUUGGAAAUUUCCCUGAACAUGUGUUUUCCUUUCUUGAAGACCAUGGUUUUAAUAUAUUUUGGUAGUUGACAGCAA